ACUCGGGGUCCCUCAUCUACUCCAUCCUUCCGACUCCUGACCUCUCCCUCCCCAUCCCUCUCCGUUCCUAUCGCACAAUAUGAUGGACCCAACGCGAGGUCUCUUCAAGGUCCCCACCAAGGAGGAGCGAAUUGCUCAGCGUGCAGGUGCUUCCCUCAACCCCUUCACCCUCCUUGGAAGCCUGAACGCCAUCCAAUGGCUGCUCUUCGCGUCCGGCUACAUCGCCUGGACCAUGGACGCCUACGACUUCUUCUCCGUUUCCCUCAACGUCACUCGACUCACCACUGCAUUCAGCAAGACCAGUACAGACAUCACUACCUCCAUCACCCUCACUCUGCUCUUCCGAUCGCUCGGUGCCGUCACCUUCGGUCUGCUAUCGGACAGGUACGGUCGCAAGUGGCCCCUCGUUGGUAACCUUUUCCUCAUCGCCGUCUUCUCGCUGGCAACUGGCUUCUGCAGGAGCUUCGGCGCUUUCCUGGGUGUGCGAUGUCUCUUCGGUAUCGCCAUGGGUGGUAUCUGGGGUAUGUCGGCCGCCACUGCACUUGAGAAUGCUCCCGCUCAGGCCCGAGGUCUCCUCUCCGGUAUCCUGCAGCAAGGAUACGCUUUCGGCUACCUCAUCGCCGCCGGUGUCAACUUGUCGUCCUUCAUGGAGGGACCCGCCGACAGGUGGCCACGCCUCUUCUACCUCGGAGCUGGCCUGUCGCUCUUUGCUGCCAUCUUCCGAGCUUGCUUGCCCGAGUCUGAGCUCUUCUUGAGAGGCAAGGCCGAGCGCGCUGCAGCUGCUCAGGAGGGCGUCUCCAACGACCGUGCCUUUGGCAUUGCCCUCAAGGACAUGCUCAAGACGCAUUGGAAGAUCUCCAUCUACGGUAUUCUGUUCAUGACCGGCUUCAACUUCCUCAGCCACUCGUCUCAGGAUCUUUACCCCACCAUGAUCCAGAAGGUCAGCCUUGCCCGUCUGCCCACUGCAGAGGCAUCCCACCUGUCUUCGAUGGCUACUAUCAUCGGCAAUUGCGGUGCCAUCGCCGGUGGUCUCAUCGCAGGUUACCUCUCGCAAUACCUUGGCCGUCGCCUCACGAUGGUCGCCUUCAUUGUCCUCGUCGGAGUCCUGAUCCCCGCUUGGAUCCUGCCAACUUCUUUCUCCGGCCUCGCCGCUGGUGCCUUCUUCAUCCAGUUCGGUGUGCAGGGAGCUUGGGGUGUUGUCCCCAUCUACCUCAACGAGAUUGCGCCCCCUGCCUUCCGAGCCGUCUGGGCUGGUCUCAGCUACCAACUUGGUAACAUGGUCUCGAGUGCGUCUGCUCAGAUUGAAGCACGAGGAGGCGAGAGUCUGCAGAUUCACAACCCCAAGUGCCCAUACAAUGCAGCUGGAGUUGCCGUCUGCCCCACCGGCCAAGAACCUACCAUUGCAAACUACGCCAAGGUCUCCGCCAUUCUCCUCGGUGUGGUCUGCGGCUACCUCCUUCUGGUCAUCAUCUUCCUCGGUACCGAGGCUCGAGGCACACACUUUGAGACUGCUCCCCCUGCUACUGAGCUCGGAGCAGGAAAGGUCACUGCUGGCGACCUGCGCGAGGACGCUGAGGACCACGGCCACAUCGGCCAGGAGAAGGACAUUGAGCACAUUGGUGACCGUGAGACCCGCAGCCAGGGCUCCAGCUCCAAGGAGAAGCUGUAAGGUGCUCGUUGUGAUAUCUGCUAGGGUGCAGAUGUUCCCCUUUGUUCUGCGCGAUAUGGAACAUUGUAUUUGAUCGUCGUCGUCGCCUGCCUUGUCAUCGUAAUUUGCCCAGAAAUAGCACUUUUCUGCCAGCCACAACUCUGAUCUGAAGGGCACCGCGUGAUCCGGCCGCGGUCCGACACCCUGCCCUUGUGCCUUGGCUGCGCGUCUACUCCAUCGAAGUUGGCGUGGCGGCGCCUCGGCUUGUCCUCCACAAGGGUCCAGCGCCUGCACGGCCAUGGCGUGACGUCUUUAGGCAGAUUGCCCCCAGUUCUUCAUCCGCCACGGGAAGCAUUGGC